AUGCGCUGUUAUAUUCUUGAUGGCUUUUCUGAUAGAGAUUUUUCUUUCUUUCAUUUUUCUUUCUUUCUUUCUUUCUUUCUUUCUUUCUUUCUUUCUUUCUUUCUUUCUUUCUUUCUUUCUUUCUUAUUUAAUCCUAGUGCAACCAUUUCGAAAUAUUUUUUGUUCGCUUCAAAUAUUUUCUUUCUUUCUUUCUUUCUUUCUUUCUUUCCUUCUUUCCUUCUUUCUUUCUUUCUUAGCCUUUACUUUAUUUUCCUCGUUUUCGAUAUACACAUUCUUUUUCUCUUUUUCAUCGUUCUAACAAUUGCCAUCACUUUUAACACCUUAUCUUUCUUUUCUUUAUCUUUACUCUCUAUUUACCGUCUCCCUUACCAAUCAUUUUCUUCUCUCUUCCUGGAUUAUGUUAUAUUGAAGACUCUUUCUUUUUAUCGCAAUCAUUUUUCUUUACUUUUUUCCCAUUUUAAAUCUAUCUAUCUAUCUAUCUAUCUAUCUAUCUAUCUAUCUAUCUAUCAGAAUCUAUUCAAAAAUAUCCACCCCGUCUAUUCAUAUCUAUCUAUCUAUCUAUCUAUCUAUCUAUCUAUCUAUCUAUCUAUAAAAUUAAUAUUCUUCUAUCAUAUUUAA